AUGUCCUUGGUAGAAAAGCUCACUGCCAGUUUAGAAAUGAACUUGAAGGAUCCAGCACCGCCAGGGUUAGAAAACGGAGUCUCCAUGAUUGUUGAGCUUGCCAUUGGUAUUGCUGCAAAUAUUCCGCUGGAAUCCCGAGAUAUAGUUGUGGAAUAUUUCCUUCCUGGGGCACCAAUUGCGGAGUCGCAUAUGAAACUUGAAACAACGUUGCCGCCUCUUGCGAGCCUGGCACCCGAGAACCGUCAGAAUUCCGAGCCUUCCUCGGCAGCCACGGAUCGCGGGGACCAGGGGUCCCUGAAGGAGCUGGCUAUGGAUUCCUCAGAAGUAGACACCAUCAAGGACACGUCGUCGUCCUCGACGGCCAAUUCGGGUUAUAGCUCCAAGGAGCGAAAGAAAUCCGUGUUUGGUUCGCUUAUAUCCAAAAAGCCGCACCCGUCAGCAAGUCAAAGCCAGCCUGAGUCCGGCCGACCGGCCUCAGCCAUCCCUCGAGAAAGCAAGGAACGUGACGAGACGGAUAGAGACGAGACGAUGCGUAUUCGAUUUGCUGCUUUUGUUGCGGUGGAGGUUCGCAGCAAGGCUGCGGGUAAUAUCAUUGUCAAAGCACCAGUUUAUGGCCUUGUAUAA